AAGAUAGUUCACUACCACUGCACUCGUGUUGAUGUUCUUGAACACCCAAGAGUAACAGCAAACUUGAAGAGGAUUGUUUGUUCACCUGUCAGUAUCGAUGCUCGACAAAGACAACACGGAAAACUAAAGGAUGGAGUGUUGUUUGCAUCAACCUGUGGACUUUCACAGUAUUCAUGAAGUCAUCAGUUAUUUGCCAUCACCAUUACCAGUGAAACACUAUGAUCCUGACACAACCGAACCAAUUAGCUUUAGCCUUCAGACUUUGGAUGAGCUGUUGGGGUGGAAACAAACUGAGGUGAAGCACUUUAAUAUUGCAGUAGUUCCUCUGGCACCGAGACAACCUCCACUGUCCAGUUGCUUACAUCGCACUUUGGUAUCUCAUGACAUGAUGGGCGGAUACUUAGAUGACAGGUUUGUUCAAGGUACAGCUGCCGAAGCUCCAUAUGCCUUCUACCACUGGCAGUACAUUGAUAUUUUCAACUACUUCACACACAACUUGGUGAGCAUUCCCCCUGCAGUCUGGACCAAUGCAGCACAUAAACAUGGAGUUCUUGUUCUUGGAACAUUCAUCACAGAAUGGACAGAUGGAGCAGCGACAUGUGAGGCCUUCCUUAACGAAGAGCGGUAUCGUGAAGUAGCUGAUAAGCUAGUUCAAUUGAGUUAUUACUAUGGCUUUGAUGGCUGGCUCAUCAAUAUAGAGAACACACUCAGUGACACUGCUGUGAAGACAACACCCUUGUUUCUGCGCUAUCUGACAAAUCAGAUGCAUCAACAAGUCCCUGGCAGCAUGGUGCUUUGGUAUGACAGUGUAAUUGAGAAUGGGGAGCUAAAAUGGCAGAAUGAAUUAAACCAGACCAACAGGUUUUUUUUCGACGCAUGUGAUGGUUUCUUCACCAACUACAACUGGACAUCACAAAACCUUGAAUGGAUGGCUGAUUACAGUCACGCCAAUGGGCGCAAGGCUGAUAUCUACGUAGGGGUGGAUGUUUUUGCCCGUGGUGAGGUAGUAGGAGGAAUGUUUGAAACCCAUAAGGCGCUGGAAAUCAUCCGAAAGUACAACUUUUCUGCUGCAAUCUUUGCUCCCGGUUGGGUGUAUGAGACCAAAGAAAAGACCGAACUUCGUCAUAACCAGGAUAAAUUCUGGGCUCUUCUGAAAAACUACCUGUACAUUCAUCGCCCAGCUAUGUCGCUCCCCUUCGUUUCUUCCUUUUGUCAGGGAUUCGGGAAUGCUGUCUAUUGGAAAGGAAAGCAUGAAACAAAGAAGAAUUGGUUCAACCUUACUGCCCAGGAAAUCCAGCCAUGGUACUACCACGAGCAAUUAGAGGGUCGUGGUUGGAUACAGAGCCGUGCUUGCUCAGAGGAUGCCUGGAAUGGAGGAUGUUCACUCCUCAUAGAUGGUCUCAUCCCUGCGAUACGCACUUCUCCUGUCUGUGCCAAGAUCUUCUCCAUACACGUGCCUCUGUCUGAGGCACUAGUCAGCUUCGUAUACAAGUCAUCUUCUCAGGUCACAAUUUCGCUGGAGCUCAAAAUAUCUGAUGCUGGUCUUGGCGAAGACAUGCAUAGCCAGGACAUCAAAUUAAGAAGUGUGUCUCCAGUUCUACUCCAUGAAGAUGAAUUAAUUCAGCAGUUUCCCCAUCUAAAGGAAAAUAAGAAUACAACUUGGACCGUCAGGUAUUCUAAAUUGGAUCUGCAAGGUUGUAUUCUUAGAGAAAUUGGUGUUAACAUCCAGCUGGUUGGAGAGCCUAGUGACACAACCUUCAGCUGCAGGAUGGGAGAAAUAAUGUUCCUGGAUACAGCCAGUCUACACGCGGCCCCUGAGUGUGUCCAAGAGUUUUCUAUUUACGACAUCGUGUGGCUGCGUGGUGCUGGUGCAUCUUCCCAUUCUACUUCCUGCUGUUUGUAUCUCAAUGCAACGUUACAAUGGAAGUACCCGACCAAGCUUGUACGCCAUUUUAAGGUGUACUGCCGCCAGCUGAAAGCUCCAAAUAGUCAAAUCCCCGAAGACGAACUGGUUGCGGUGGGCCGAGCAUAUUCUCAACUUUAUAGAAUAACCGAGCUCCCGGUGCCUGAACCGCCGGGCCAGCUGGAACUUCUGGUGGAACCAGUAACUUGGAAUGGAUUCCAACUCCCAAUGAGGUGUUGGGGGAGAAGAAGUGUCAAUUACACUGAGACUUAAUGUGAAAACUUGUUAAAUCCCAAAAUAACGAUGAUGAUUACACAUUUUAAAGUAUACUGUAUAAAUGCUCUUUAUGUUACUGUAUAUAGUAUACUGAAUGAACAUAACCAUAUACUUCACUAUCAGUUGACCGGGAACGGAGGUCGGGGCCAAUUCAUAGGGGCCUAUUUUCAAAAACUUAAAAUACAACUAUUUUUAAAAAAAAAAUCACCAAAUGAAGACAGAGAUAAUCACCUAUAUUUUCAGGAUCCAUAGCAAUAUUUAACAUAUCAGAUCAUCUUUUGCCCAAAAUAGCAACUUAAUUUUUUAGCGCAAGUUUUCAACAGCCAAUAAAUCACUUAAUUGUCACAUCAGAAACUUAAUACUUGAGGAACGCAUGCAGAAUCAUCUUAAUUUGACUCAACAAAAGCAAAAUUUGCAUUUUUCUAUAUACAUUCACAACUUGUUUAGGUUGAAUUCUGUUGUUACUAUUGCCGCAGCAAGUCUUGUCGGCUAUCUGGCCCUCAUGAUUUUUAGAUUGAAAUGUUACAUAAAGUAAAACGCGUAAAAAAAAAAUUGUAUGGACCAGAAAUGUCUAAACUACUUUUUGGCAAAGCUAGUAACUGUUGCUAGGGGCGUCAAACUCCCGCCUCCAUGUCACUCAUGCUAGACACAUGUAAAUAGUUUAGGAACGAGAUGUCUACUAAGCCAAACCAAAUUCUGACCGAAAAUGAUGUCCCUGGUGCCAAAAUCACUGGUAAAGAUGUGGAAGAACAUACAAAUGUUCAGUUAAAGAGAUUGCUUGAGUGUAGAGGGCUGAAAAAGAGCUGACCUGAUCCAGAGGUAGCUUUUUAUCAACACCCUUUUUUUUUUCUUCCUAACAUUGCCUUCCCAUAGACUUUAUUAUAUAUUAUGAAAUCUAAAAUAACUAUACAGUAUGGUUACGUACCUUGCAAUUUAUUAAAAUUAUUGUAUUGAAAUGUUACUUAAAGUAAAACAUAAAAGCUGAUUGUUUUUUAAUAUGGACGCAGAAAUGUCAAAAAUAAAAUUUAGAUACAAAAUCCAACAUGGCCAGCGUAGCUAAACAAAAAGCUUUUUCUGUUGAAAAAUCUUGUGAAUAAAUGCUUAAAUCACUGAAUUCUUUAUAGAUAUGGAUGUAAAACAGUCUCGAAUCUUGGUUAAAAGCAAAAUAAUGUGCAGGUAGCAUUUAUUUUGCGUAAAUAUUGCAAAGAAUGAGGAGUGUCGGUUAUGAAAAUUAGCUGCCUCUGUGUGUAAACAAAGUCUUGUGAAUAAAUGCUUAUACAACUGAAUUCUUUAUAGAUACGGAGGUAAAACAGUCUUAAAUCUUCGUUAAAAGCAACAACAACAACAACAACAACAAAAACGUGCAGAUAGCAUUUAUUUCGAGGCCUAAAUAUUGCGAACAAUGAAGCUAGUCGGUUACGAAAAUUUGCCGCCUCAGUGUGUAAACAAAUUAGAAAAGUCUUGUGAAUAAAUGCUUAAAUCACUGAAUUCUUUAUAGAUAUGGACGUAAAACAGUCUUAAAUCUUGGUUAAAAACAACAACAAAAACGCGCUGAUAGCAUUUAUUUUGUGUAAAUAUUGCGAACAAUGAAGCUAGUCAGUUCGGAAAGUUAGCCCACGCGAUGUGUAAGCAAAGAGCUUUUUCCGUGAAAAUUCUUGUGAAUAAAACCUUAAAUCCCUGAAUUCUUUUAUAGAUAUGGAUAUAAAACGGUCUUGAAUUUAGGUUAAAAACAAAAACAAAAAAAACGUGCAGGUAGCAUUUGUUUUGCGUAAACAUUGCGAACAAUGAGGCUAAUCAGUUACGAAAAUUAGCCGCUUCCAUGUGUAAACAAGAAAAUUGUGAAUAAAUGCUUAAAUUACUGAAUUCUUUAUAGAUGUGGAUGUAAAACAGUCUCGAUUCUUGGUUAAAGGGAAAAACCAGGCAGUUGGCAGUUAUUUUACAUAAAUAUUGCGAGGUAUGGAGCGGCUAAUUUCUCCAAUUGAUUAAUUUCACAACGUUUCAAAACGCAUGCAUGGUACAAAAAAUAUAAUAAUUACCUUGAAUCCUCGAAAACAUCCCUCCUGAGACAAUCCUUCCUGUUUGUCCGCGGUACAGCUUUUGUACUUUUUCAAAAAUCCAAGCUUAAAUGCGGCUUGGACAUGAGUGUAUGCUGUCUUCAACUGACUAUUACUAAAUGAAGCGGAGCCCCGUACGGGAAGCCUUGACGCAGAGAAUGACGAAGUGUCAGGUCAAUAGGUAUUUAAGUGUAUGGCCUUACACCACUGACAUUCUCCUGUUUCAAAGAGCUAUCCUUUACCACCAUAUGCCCUACAAAUGUACUGUACUUGAUGAAUUUAAGUGGACUAGACAAGGAAUUGAAAUACGCUGUUGUUUAUAUAACCGCAUAUUUCAAGCGAAUUCCUUAUCUAGUCAGCUUAAAUGUGAAUGAAUUCGCCUAUGUUAUGUAACAUAUUUUUGUAUUUGAAGUAUUUUUGUUCAAUUUUUACACUACUUUCUGUAGGCGACAAAACUUUUGUCUUGCCAAAA